AUGACUGACAGUGCUAUUUAUUCCAUGUUAGAGUUGCCUACCACAGCACAAGCCGAGAAUGACUACAGAUCACAGCAAAAAGCUUCUUCCAGGCCUUCUCUUGCUUGCCUUGUGGCCAUAGCUCUGGGGCUUCUGAAUGCAAUUCUUAUGAGUUUACUGCUAUACCAAUGGAUUCAGUGCCAGGGGUCCAACUGCUUUACUUGUGCCAGCUGUCCUAGCUGCCCAGAUCUCUGGAUGAGACAUGGUAACCAUUGUUAUUAUUUUUCAAUGAAGAAAAUGGACUGGAAUUCUAGUCUGCACUUCUGUUUAGCUGAAGACUCAGAUCUCCUGAUGAUAACGGACAACCAGGAAAUGAGCUUGCUUAAAGAUUUCAUCCGUGAGAAUUUUCACUGGAUUGGUCUGAGGAAUAAUUCUGGCUGGAGGUGGGAAGAUGGAUCAGCUUUAAACUUGUCAAGGAUUAUUUCUAAUAGCUGGAUACAGACGUGUGGUGCCAUCAAUGAAGAUGGUCUUCAAGCUUCCAGCUGUGAAGUUCCUUUGCAGUACAUCUGUAAGAAGGUCAGACGUUGAUGCAAGGCAGAACUGUACUGAAUCUCAGAUCUGUCAUGUAUAUUUGAAAAGAGGGGAGUGGCCAUUGGGCUUCUGGGCCAGCCAUGAGAAUAUAUUUAGUGAAUGCAAAGCCUACUAACAUAAUGGUAUUAGAUGAAAGACUAAUGUGGCCUCUAGAGAUUGAUACUGUACUGCUGGUUUCUCUUUGAGACAAUUUAAGUAUUAUGUUAAUAAUAAUACUUAAUGAUCAUAUUUAGGCAAAUUUAUAAAAUAGAUAAAAGUUUGCUUUUAGUAGUUUCACGCUGUCUGCUCAUGCUGGUUCCCAUAUUCCCCACCUCUACCAUCUCUGUCAAAGCUAUACCUAGUCUUCUAUCAAAGGCUGAAUGGAUCAAGAAAUGUUGUAUACCUACAGAGUGGAAAAUUAUUCAGCCAUCAAAAGAAUGAAAUCCUAUCAUUUGUAGUAACAUGGAUGAGCCUGGAGGAUAUUAUGUUAAGAGAAAUAAAUCAGACACAGAAAGACAAAUACCUUAUGUUCUCAUGGGUGAAAACUAAAAAAGGUUGAUCUCAUAUUUGUAGAAAGUAGAAUAAUGUACCAGAGGCUGUGAAGGGAGGAGGGUGGUAAAGUUUAGUUAACCAUUAGAUUGAGGAGUAAUUUCUAGUGUUCCAUAAAACAGUAGGUUGACUAGGUUAACAAUAAUUUAUUGUGGAUUUCAAAACAGCCAGAAGAGAGGACUUUGAAUGUUUCUAUGUGUUUGAUAUGAUGGCUAUGUUUAUUAGCCUAAAUUGAUCAUUAUACAUUUUAUGCAUGAAU